AAAAAGUGUAUUGUACACAACCUCUGUUAAUAUAUUCAGUUUUGGAUGUUUUAUUAUAGAAAUGGACCCAAAAUGGCCCUGAGGCAAUAAACGAAUACAUAGGAAAUUGGCCCCUACUGUGACACCAGUGCAAUUAGCAGGAGAUGCACAGCAGAGGAUUAUCAUGCCAAACAUUCCUUAAACUACGUCUUUAAAUGAUCAUGCUUUAAAAAUAAAGUUGCAACAACCUAUAUUGUGCGCCUUUAAACCUCUCUGAUGUAACCUCAUGCAUUAAAACAGUGCUGUUAGUAUACGAAGGAUAACGUGCCUACGUGGGCGAGCAUACAAUCCGCGAACAAAAUAAACAAACUAGGUGACUAGGCAGUGAUACGAAAUUUAAGUGAUAUACAUCAUGGUAACCUGCAGAGGAAAAUAUAUGUCACUUCGGUACUAAAUGUAUAAAAUGUAAUGCUUACACAAUAAAUAUUUUUCAGUAUGGAAAAAAACGAACUCGUUAUACAUUUAUACACACGUAAUUUAUGUCCAUAUAUGAGGUACAUGUAUAAAACUCGUACCGAAAACAUAACCAAGGAUUUCGUGCUGGCAAAUGCAGGAGCUGGCAGAACUAUAUGUACUGUAAGGACGCGAAGAAAUAACUGAUUAGAAUUAUCAUGCCGGAAAAGGACAUUGAGGCUGUGCAGCCCCUGCAAAAGGGCACUCGCGAGACGCGGAGACAGUGGUGCAAAAUGGCGGGUGUGGACUUCCGGUGGGUAGCGGCAUGCGUGUCUCUGACCCUGAUUGGCAUUGCCAUUGGCUAUUGGUUGAUCAAGCCUCUAGGAGCGGGAGUACCGCCCAUCUGUCCGUGUGAGAAUCUACACUUCUGCAACCGAAUUAAGGAUACAACGAGAAAAGAGGUGUUCAUGUUUUCACUGCGGGCGACUGCGACAGACUGGGUGCGCUAUGAUUGGACCAAAGUGACCACGGUUGUAAUGGUUGGGUAUCUAGACAUGGGGCUUGUCUGCCUCGCCCAUAAACAUGGCGCCCGGGCUGUUAUCAUUGGCGACGUGACGGCGGACGUGUUUGUGAGCCCGGACAAACGGAAGUCAUGGAUCGCCAAGCAACUGGAUGUUGUUGACCGCUACUUCCUCGACGGCCUUAAUUUCGACUUUGAGGGGCCCAUUCUGCCGGACCAGUUUGACCUUAGGGACGGAUAUACCGCCCUCGUGCGAGAGACGCGCGCCGCCCUCGUGGAGAAGUUCCCAUUUGCCAUGGUUUCCGUGGACGUGGCCUGGGGCGCCCAGGGCGUGGAUGAGCGUAGCUAUGACAAUCAGGGGCUGGCGGCGGCGGCCGACUUCCUGUUUAUUAUGGCGUAUGACAUGCAGAGCCAGAUCCGGGGACCGUGUGUCGCUGGACCUAACAGCCCUUUUCCGCGAGUCAUGGAAGGUGUACAAAGCUACCUGAAUGCUAGUAUCUCCCCAGACAGGCUAGUUCUGGGUCUGCCCUGGUACGGCUACAACUACUCUUGCCUCGCCUUGUCAAAGGAAAACGAAUGUUCCAUCCGCGCCAUCCCGUUCCGGGGCGUGUACUGUAGCGACGCGGCCGGAAAUGAGAUCAAUUUCAACACCAUUUCCAGUCUGCUCGAGUCGUCCACCUCUGGAAGACUCUGGGACGAGGAGUCACAGACGCCAUACUUUAACUAUCAUAUGAACGGCCACUCCCUUCAGGUCCGUUACGACGACCCGAAAAGUCUUAAAGUGAAAUAUCAGUACGCGAUUGACGCUGGGCUGCGGGGAGUCGGGGUGUGGAACACGGAGGCGCUGGCGUACAGCUCCCAAGAGCCGCGCGACAUCUGGGAUGUCCACGAAAUGUGGACCACGCUGCCUGACUUCCGGCAGAACCAACGCCACCUAAAUAACCGAAAACACUUGCCACGGCCUGACGGAAGCGAUACUGUACAGGGGUAGACGGCGAAGUGAUGGACGAAGUUCAGAUCUGAAAUGAUGCGUAUAAACUUGUAAUUAUGAGUGAUACUAUUAAUAUUGUUGAAAGAAGAAAUAGUGUAUGGAUUUCGGUGCCUUCUUCAAAUAGAUGUGUAUGAAGAGUGAAGACAAUCAUUAUCGUAUAUCCGGUACACGAUUGCGCCCUGGUUCAUCAUAAACUCUUUCUUCCAUCAGAGUUGCAAACUGCCCUGUUUGUCAGGGGAGAAAACUGCGUAAGGGAUUGUGGAUGCUGAGUUUGAAAACUAGUCACCAUUAAUAUCGUCCUUGAGUACCAUUAUUACCUUUGUAAUAACAGCAAACGCUGAGAGUGAAAAAUACAUUCCUUGAGGCAAUGGUUUAUUGCUAUUAUUAUGUUUCCCCCUCUCUGGGGGAGACAUAUUGUUUUUGCCCUGUCCGUCAGUCCUGUAGUCCGUCAGUCCGUCAGUCCGUCCGUACGUCACACUUCGUUUCCGAUCGAUAACUGGAAAACCGCAUGACCUAGGAUCACCAAACUUGGUAGGGAGGUUGGUCGUGAGGUGUAGAGGAUCCCUAUUGUUUUUGGGGUCACUAGGUCAAAGGUCAAGGUCGCGGCGACCCCCAAUAUAAAAAAACAUUUCUGCUCAAAAUCUUGAGAACGGUUUGACCUAGGUUCACCAAACUUGGUAGGGAGGUUGGUCAUGAGGUGUAGAAGAUCCCUAUUGUUUUUGGGGUCACUAGGUCAAAGGUCAAGGUCGCGGCGACCCCCAAUGUAAAAAACAUUUCCGCUCAAUAUCUUGAGAAUGGUUUGACCUAGGUUCACCAAACUUGGUAGGGAGGUUGAUCAUGAGGUUUAGAAAACUCCUAUAUUUUGGGGGGUCACAAGGUCAAAGGUCAACGUCGCUGUGACCUCUAAUGUAAAAAAAUAUUUCCGUGCAAUAUCAGGAGAAUGCUUUGAUCUAGGUUCACCAAACUUUGAAGUGAGGUUGGUCAUGAUGUCUAGAUGAUCCCAAUUGUUUUGGGGGUAACAAGGUCAAUAGUCAAGGUCGUGGUGACCUUCCAUGUAAAAAUCAUUUGCGUGUAAUAUCUUUAUGUCUCCCCCAUUCAUGGGGAGACAUAUUGUUUUUGCCCUGUCCGUCAGUCAGUCCAUCAGUCUGUCAGUCAGUCAGUCAGUACGUCACACUUCGUUUCCGCCCAAUAACUAUAGAACUCUUAGACCCAGGAACUUCAUACUUGGUAUGCUAGUUGGUCAUGACUAGUAGAUGACCCCUAUUGAAUUUGGGGUCACUAGGUCAAAGAUCAGGGUCAACGUGACCUUGAGGUGAAGAAACGGUUUCCACUCAAUAACUAAAGAUCCUUUGGGUGCAGGAACUUCAUACUUGGUAUGCUAGUUGUUCAUGACUAUUAAAUGACUCCUAUUGAUUUUGAGAUCAAAAGGUCAAAGGUCAAGGUUACCUUCAGGUAAAAAAUGUUAUGUUGGCAGUGACCUUAAGCUUAAAAAUGGUUUCUGCUCAAUAACUAAAGAAAGCUUGUACCCAGGAACUUCAUAGUUGUUCAUGACUAGUAGAUGACUCCUAUUGAUUUUGAGAUCAGUAGGUCAAUGGUCAAGGUCACCGUGACCUUGAGGUGAAGAAACUGUUUCCGCUCAAUAACUAGAGAACGCUUGCAACCAGGAAUUUCAUACUUGGUAUGCUAGUUGGUCAUGACUAGAAGAUGACCCAUAUUGAUUUUGAGAUCACUAGGUCAAAGGUCAAGGUUGCCAUGACCUUGAAGUGAAGAAAAAGUUUCCGCUCAAUAACUAAAGAUCCUUUGGUUUCAGGAACUUCAUACUUGGUAAGCUAGUUGUUCAUGACUAGAAGAUGACCCCUAUUGAUUUUCAGAUCAAAAGGUCAAAGGUCAAGGUUACCUUCAGGUAAAAAAUGAUACGUUGGCGGUGACCUUAAGCUUAAAAAUGGUUUCUGCUCAAUAACUUAAGAACGCUUGUACCCAGGAACUUCAUUCUUGGUACGCUAGUCGGUCAUGACUAGUAGAUGACCCCUAUUGAUUUUGAGAUCAGUAGGUCAAAGGUCAAGGUUGCCAUGACCUUGAGUUGAAGAAAUGGUUACCGCUCAGUAACUAAAGAACACUUGCACCCAAGAACUUAAUACUUGGUAUGCAAGUUGGUUAUGUAGAUGAUCCCUAUUGAUGUUGUGAUCAGUAGGUAAAAGGUCAUGGUCACGAUGACUGUGAGCUGAAAAAUGGUUUCCGAUCAAUAAUUGAAUAACGCUUGCGCCCAGGAACUUCAUACAAUGCAAACUUCGUUUACAUUUUCCAUGUUUAAUCAACAACACUUUCUUCUCUUCACUAUUUAAUAUAAUCGAAUAAACCAAACUUCACUGUUGGUUUGUCUCCAGUCCAAAGUUACAAAUUUCAUGUCCAUCAUUUAUUUUUUCUCAGCUACGACCACACAAUAGGGGAGACAAGCGCUUUUUCAAAAAAGCAAUCUCUAGUUAUUAUUAUCAUUAUUUUCAUUAUUAUUAUUAGUAGUAGUAGUAGUAGUAUUGCAUGAGUGUGCGCAUAUUAUGUCGCCUGUGUAGCAUGACAAACAUCAAGGGAUCAUUUUCGGCGUCGUCGUCCGCUUACUUGGUGGCAUACUUUCAUGUACGCCAUCUUACUUGAGCAUUAAUAAUCCAAUAUUUAGCAAACUUGGUUCCAUUGUGUAUUGGUACCACUGCCUGGCUGCGUUCAAUUAAUAGCCAUAUCUCAAUAUUGACUCUAGUUAUUGGCUGUGGUUAUGGCCCUUGUAUUGUCAAACACGGAACAAAUUUACUUUAUUCGGUUGAGCACUUUAGUAUCCAAUCUUCAAUAAACUUGGUUAAAAUGUUUUUGUGCUUAUGUCUCGGAUAAGUUCGAUAAACAUCCAGAUAACAUCUGGAGUUGUGAUAUUUUAAAAAAAAUCACCUUUUCCGGACUUUUACUGGUCACGUGGUAUCAUAUCUUAAAUAAAUAAAGGGGUUCCUUAUAAGCCUUUGGCUUUCUUCUCAAUCCUUUACUGGUAAGUGUAAUGUUGUUUCAACUAGUUUGUGUGUAUAUAUACGACGGCAUACUAUCUCAAACAAGUUCGAUCAAAAUUCAGAUCGCAAUCUUCACGCAAGUUGUAUGACCUUUGAUUUCUGAAUACCUGACCAAAUUCAAUUUGUCCACUUUCUUACAUAUUUACCAACCUGUGGUCAUGCACAAUAUCUCAAGUUAUUUCAAUAAAAAUAUUACUCUUCUAGUAGGUGCUAGCCCUUUAUUGUCAUACAUUUACCUCAUUUAUCUGAUACGCUCCCUAUAUCAACCAUUUUUAUUCAAUAUUUACAAAACAGUAGCAUACACUUUUCCCGCAAGUUUGGUAUCCUGCCAGAUUGCAACAUUCAAUUUUGAGUUACUGCCCUUGCCUUGAAUUUUUUUAUUUUUCUAAUUUGACCUGCUUAACUUAUAUUGCAUUACAUAUUUGAACUAACUUCAACAACUUCCAGAAGUGAAACAUAUCGCUCUUGUUUCAUCAGUCUUUCUCACAAUUAAUAAAUGUUUCAUUCUUUUCAAUUCAUAAAGAUGGGCGUACCAAGGGGGUGACGUAUUCAAUUCGCUGAAUUCUAGUUAUCAAAAUCGGUUCAGAUUUCAUGAUCAAUAACAUGAUCAUUUUUAUGCAUGUUUUCAGUCGUCUGAUUUGCAAAGAUUUCUGACUGUGAUACAAAUUAUGUAUUUGAAGACAACGUCGAUAAACAUAAACACUGAAAUAUCGAAACAAAAUAACAAAACAUUAAACAAUUAUAUUUUUAUGUUAAAGACGAUUUUUAAUUGAGGCAGACAAAAUUGAAUGUGGAAGUUGAAUGUGGUUUAUGUUCAUACUCAUCCUAUUUGAUCAUAUUACUUAUAUGCAAAUACAACCAUUUUAUAUUUUGUAUCAAAUAUUCACCCACAUUGUUCAUGUUCAUAUAUGUGGUUGAAUAGACGACAUACUUGGUACACGUCUUAAUAUAAAUAAACUAUAUGUUAUGCAAGUGUU